UCCCACAAUCUUAAUUACCCCUCAUUAUUCCAAUCUCAACGACCAAGUAACAUACAACAAUUAAUAUCAAAAUAUUCAAAAUGCCCGACAAGGACGCCGGUACUCCCCGCGUUUUCCUCUACCGCCACGGCCAGACGGAGUGGUCCCAGAGCGGCCGCUACACGGGCGUCUCCGAGAUCCCACUCACGGAGCACGGCGAGAAGCAGGUCCUCGCGUCUGGCAAGAUCAUUGUCGGUGAUGGCAAAUUGAUUGACCCCGCCAAGUUGGCGCAUGUCUACAUCAGUCCUCGGCAGAGAGCGCAGCAGACAUUUAACAUUUCCUUCAGCGAUGCGGAUAAGCAGAAGCUGAGGGAUGCCAACAAGGUGUCUGACACUGAGCGACUUGCCGAAUGGGGGUAUGGUCUGUAUGAGGGACUGUUGACCAAGGAGAUCAGAGCGUUGAGAAAGGAGCAUGGUCUUGACGCCGACAAGGAGUGGGAUAUUUGGGCUGAUGGCUGUGAGGAGGGAGAAUCUCCUCAACAAGUCACAGACCGUCUGGACAGUCUCAUUCAGGAAAUUCGCGCCAUCCACGCUGGCAACAUGCACGGCGAGAACCCCUGCGAUGUUGUCCUCGUUGCCCAUGGCCAUACCCUCCGUGCAUUCACCAAGCGCUGGCUGGGAUAUCCCAUGGAUUUCCCCCUUUCGAUGAUGCUUGAGCCUGGUGCUGUUGGCGUCCUCAGUUAUCAACACCAUAGCAUCGAUGAGCCUGCCUUCCUGGUUGGAUAUGGAUUCCCCUUCCCGGAGUAAAUUAUCCUGUAAAUAGUUUAGACCUGCAUUUGAUGCUUUUAUAGAAUUAUAUUGGAUUUAUUGUUAUUGCGGUAUCCCGUGUAUAUCAGCACGCUAGGGGUUUCGAGGGGUCAAGUGAUCAGAUAUAUAUUUCCAGGAUAAUGGACAUGCAUGAUAUAAAUAAAACUAUCGAUCCCUGGCAAUACGCAGUCCUAAAUAAAGUCAAUAUACUCUAUCUGCCA